CCAAGAACGAGGUUAGCACGCGGUUACACAAAGCAGGAAGGAGGGAGUAAUGCAACGACGAGCUGUUGACAUCGUGAGAGAAAAGCACUAUGUUUGAGCGUUGGUGAAGGCAGGGGAAGAAGCUCUGCGGCUGCCCUUUCUGGUGGCAUUCUGGUGGCCGACUCUGACGGGUGGAUUUUCCGGGUUGCGGUUAGGUAAUGUGAUAGAGCUGCAUCAAAGAUCACUGGUGACUUUGCAUCGUAACAUAUAGAGAGCGACAGGAGAGGUUCAUUCUAGGGUUUGGAAGCCAUGGCUUCGUCUUUCUGCAUGGCGUCUCUCCAGGCAGCCCUCCCCUCAAUCGGGCUACGCCCCGCACAAAGAGUGUGCACUCCUAGGAGACCAGUUGCUUGCAGGAGCAUGUGCGCUCUGCCAGCAUUCUCGGGGUUGCAGAGGGCGAAUGCUCUUGGGUUGAGCUCAGAGAGGCAAGUCGGGUGGACACUCACCAACCCCAGCAACGGCGCGCGCGUCUUCGCUAUGCGGCACGGAAAGCGGAUCCACCGGUUGGGCCGCCCCGCCGACCAGCGGAAAGCGCUUCUUCGGGGGCUGACCACCGAGCUCCUUCGGCACGGAAAGAUCAAGACCACGAGGGCCCGCGCCCGCGCUCUCCCUAAGUACGUCGAUAAGAUUAUUACGCUGGCGCGCGGGAACAGCCUGCACCAGAGGAGACAAGCGCUUGCUUUCAUUUACGAUAAGCAGGUCGUCGCUGCGCUAUUCGCGGAAGCGCCCGAAAGGUAUAAGGAGAGGACGUGCGGGUUCACGAGGAUCAUGAGGACUCAGUCGCGGCGGGGGGACAACGCGCCGAUGGCGGUGAUCGAGUUGGUAUAAGCGGAAGAGCGGAAGGGAACAUCAUCGGAUGGGGCAGAACAGCAUACAAAUAUAGAUGUAGCCACAACUCGUUGGAACAUGCUCUUCAGAAGCUCUUCUUGCAUGCCCUUCUUGAAGGGGUACUUUGAGCAGUUUCUGGCUGGAAAAAGGUGAAGGUAUUUUACAGAGAAUUGGCACAAGAUCUGCUCGAUGGUCCUCAGCAUCCUGGCAUUGGGCAGCUUGCUUGACAAAGCGCUGCAUCUCCAAACGGACUUGUGCGACCAGCCGGACAAUAAUCCUCAUCUUGCAUGCCUGCGCCUCAGUGCCCAUGUGAACCCCUUUUUCCAGAGUAAGAAAUGUGCCGAAGCC